GGAAGCGGCGGCGGCGGGAGGUUCGGGGCGCGGGCGCGGCUGCUGCUGCGGCUCCGGCACGUCCGCGAUGGCGGCGGCGCCGCUGCGCGUUCUGGCUUGUGGCGACGUGGAGGGACGGCUGGAGACCCUCUUCGGGCGGGUCCGGGCCAUCCAGGGCAAGAGCGGCCACUUCGACAUGCUUUUGUGCGUUGGGAAUUUUUUUGGCUCUACAUCAGCGACAGAAUGGGCAGAGUAUCGCAGCGGGGCCAAGAGAGCUCCAAUUCCAACCUAUGUGCUUGGUGCUAAUGACCAGGAGACUGUCAGCUGUUUCCCAGAUGUCAGUGGCUGUGAAUUAGCUGAGAACAUCACCUAUUUAGGCCGGCGAGGGCUCUACAGUGGCACCUCUGGGCUGCAGAUCGCAUACCUGAGUGGCACCGAGGCCCAAGGGGAGCCAGCUCCUGCCUACAGCUUCAGCUCAAAGGAUGUGGCAGAACUGAAAACAUCCUUGUUAUCAACCCCCAAUUUCAGAGGCGUGGAUAUCUUGCUGACAUCCCCCUGGCCCAGAGGUGUGGGGACUUUUGCCAACAGUGCGGGAGAAAUAGAUACCAAGAAAUGUGGCUCCAAGUUAAUAUCUGAUCUAGCUGCAAGUCUCAAGCCAAGGUACCACUUUGCUGCCCUGGAAAAGGCCUAUUAUGAAAGACUGCCCUACAGGAACCACACAGUGCUACAGGAGGCCCCACAGCAUGUGAGCAGGUUUAUUGCGCUUGCUGAUGUUGGCAAUACAAGCAAGAAAAAGUACCUCUAUGCCUUCAGCAUUGUGCCCAUGAGCUCCAUGGACCCUGCAGAGCUGGUUAAACAGCCACAGGACGUCACCGAAAAUCCCUACCGAAAAUCCCAGAAGGAGGCACAGAAGACCAGAGCACCCCUGUGCGCAGAGGAAGAACCAGCUUGUCAGUUUUUCUUUGAUUUGAACAAGCAUCAGGGAAAGAAACGUCCCUCAGAUGGGAAAGAGAGAGGGAACUCCCAACCUAAACAAGCCAGAAAACCCCCACAGCCCACGGGGCCCUGCUGGUUCUGCCUUGCCAGCCCAGAGGUUGAGAAGCACUUGGUUGUUAGUAUUGGCACUCAUUGCUACCUCGCCUUGGCAAAAGGUGGCUUGUUGCCUGAUCACGUCUUGAUUUUGCCUAUUGGGCACUAUCAGUCAGUGGUUGACUUGUCCUCAGAGGUGGUGGAAGAAGUGACCAAGUACAAAUCUGCCCUAAAGGAAUUUUUCAGAAGCAAGGGAAAGAGAUACGUCCUAUUUGAAAGAAACUAUAGGAGUCAGCAUCUGCAGUUACAGGUGAUUCCUGUACCGUUGGAGCACUGUACUUCUGAAGACAUUAAAGAGUCCUUUAUCACACAGGCACAGGAACAGCAGAUUGAAUUAUUAGAAAUCCCAGAGCACUCAGACAUCACGCAAGUGGUGCCGUCGGGAACACCCUACUUCUACGUGGAGCUGGACACGGGGCAGAAACUUUUCCACCGCAUCCGCGGCCGCUUCCCGCUGCAGUUCGGCAGGGCGGUGCUGGCCAGCCCGGCGCUGCUGCGGCUGCCGGAGCGCGCGGACUGGCGGCGCUGCGCGGCGGGCCGGGAGGAGGAGGCGGCGCAGGCCCGCGCCUUCCGCCAGGCCUUCCAGCCCUUCGACUUCACCCUCCGCGACUGAUGGUGACGACGCCGAUGACGGUGCCGGAGGGGGCGGGCGGGCGCGCGCGGAUGACGCGGCAAUAAAGGCGGAGUCCCCGGUG